UUUAGAUAAUCAUCAUCAUCGUUCCAUCAUUAUCCUUUUUUUUGUUGUUAUAUUCUUGCCUAAAUAUAAUAAUCACACACACAUAAAUGGAAAAACGUAUUGAACUAGAGAAACGUGGUCGUAAUCAUGAUCAAAUCAAAGAAUUGAAUCUCGAUAAUUGUCGAAGCACAAACAUUGUCGGUCUGGAUGAUUCGUUUGUCAAUCUAGAAUGUCUUAGCAUGAUCAACAUUGGUUUGACUAGCCUGAAAGGUUUUCCUAAUUUGCCCAACCUUAAACGAUUGGAAUUGUCCGACAAUAGAAUUUCAAAUGGCUUGAAUCAUCUCAAAGGUAGCGUCAAUUUACAAUACCUGAAUCUAUGUGGAAACAAAUUCAAAGAUAUUGAAACUUUGGAACCACUUAAAGAACUAAAAAAAUUGGAAAUUUUAGACCUAUUCAACUGUGAAGUGACGGAACAACCCGAAUAUCGUAAAAAAGUUUUCGACAUGCUCCCUGAGCUGAAAUUUUUAGAUGGUUAUGAUCGCAAUGAUCAGGAAAUCGAAGAUGAUGAAGAAGACGAUGGUGGUGAAGAAAACGAUGAUGAUAUCGAAGAUGAAGAUGAUGACGAUGAUGAUGACGACGAAGGCAUCGACGAAAAUGAUAAUGAUGACGAUGAUGAUGAUGAAGAAGUCGAUGAAGAUGAAGACGAGGAAGAAGAUAAUGAAAUUGGUCUAAGUUAUUUGGCCAGGGAUAAAAUCGAUGAAGAGGACGAGAAUAAUGAAUUCAAUCCAGAAGAUAGUGAAGUAGAUAGUGAAGAUAGUGAAGAUAUUGAUGAAGAAGAUGAAGAAAAUGAUUCUUUUGAAGAACAACGAAACUCAGUAGCAUCCGUCAAUGCUGUAUCGGGUGGCAAAACGAAAGCGCCGGAAAAAGGCCUGAAAAGAAAGGAACCUGAACAUGAUGAUGAUGAGGAAGAAGAAGCCUAAUGAAUUUGUUUAAAAAACUUAUCUUUUUAAAAGUCGAACAAUCCUUAUCAUCAUCAUCAUCAAGUCCCCCACCCUCAUCAUCAAAACACAAACAUUUGCAAAAAAAACGCCCACUUAUAAUUUAAAAUCACACACACACAUUUGUGCGUGUGUGCAUAGUGAAAAAGCCAGAUUGAUUUCUCUCCAUUCAUUUUUUUUUUAAUCAUAAUUAUCCAAUCAUACAAAUUGGUUAAAUUCAUUUCAUUUGUGGCGUAUAUAUACUAAAUAUUUCUCAUAUUUUACUUUUUUUUCUGGCUAUUGUUUUUUUUUCCUCCAUUACAAUUCAUUUCAUACAUGCAUUCAUAUUCAUUUUCAUUUAUUCAUUCAUUCAUUCAUUACAACAAACAAGUAAUUUGGUGGACAAAUGAAUUAUGGUGAUGAUGAUGAUGAUGAUUAUUAUAAAACCGAAAUUUUCCAGUCACAGAUUUAAACAGAUACACACAUACUAAACAUCGAUAUCUGUGGAUAUUUGUUUGUCAAAAAAAAUUUAUAUUUUAUAUUUUAAUAAUCGAUAAUUGAAAUAUCAAAGAAAAUGAGAGUGAUUCCUUAUUUUUUAAUCGAACAAGAAUCUAAAAACGAAAUUCUGUAAAAUUUUCAUUU